AUGGUUCGAAAUCAAAUACUGAAGUGCGUCCGGUAUGCGAUCCACGGCGGCGGUGCACUCGUUUUACCGUCAAUGUCCCUGCGUAACGCGAAAGACAUUACCGAUAUCGAAACUGGAAACGAGGUACCUCUCGAUUACCUGUUGGACCGCGAGGCCUUUAUAACGCGCUUGACGGAGGGAUGUCCCGGAAUGAUUGUAUACGAAAAGGCAGAGGACUUUCCCUCCUACGAAAACCGAUUAGGGGAGCCUUUGUCUCUAGUGGGAGACCAUUUCGAGCCAGACCACCCACGAGAGGGACUGAGACAUCCUCGGAAAUGGCGACACUUUUUUGAUAAUUGGCUCGAGGAGCAGGGAGUUCGAGAACGGAUGGGCCCAGUCGUCCCGGUACACAUCAAGAUGGAGCAGUCCUUCCUCGAGUAUCCCGUACGCGACGACGGCGACGCCUUUGUGCACGAGUUUGGCAAGAUCCUGUCCUUCAGGAACGACACUCGUGCGCUUGCGGCGAAAAUUCUCUACCUGCUCAAAGAAAAGUUCUCGCUCCCAUUUGAUCCGAGGAAAGCCAUCAACCCCAACGCUUACUUCGGGGCGCAUUUACGGCUGGAAAAAGAUGCCACAUCUGCGUGGGGACCCGAUGAAUGGCGGUUUUCUCGGAUGGACGACCAAUUCGAAGAGCAAUUCCGGUAUCUGGAACGCACGGGUCUGAGUGUCGUCUACGUGGCAUCGGGAAACCAGACCGUGGUCGACAUUUUCGCGGAGAGACUCAACAAGUAUCUCUCAGUUGAGACUGGUACGCCGAGGAGGAACAUCACGGUGGUUACCAAGAACGACUUGCUACUCGGGCCCGACCGCGAGCAACUCGACAGUCUUACAUUCGAUCAGCAUGCCCUGGUGGAUUUUCUGGUCAUGUUCAGGGCGAGCGCAUUUAUGGGCGUCGCUCAUUCAAGUUUCCCUUGGACGAUUGCUCUGCGGCGGCACGAGCUGAGCAAAUAUUCGAAGUUCGGGAACGAAGGCUCAGACUUGCUGAGGGACGAGUACAGCAUCAUUAUGGGCAUGGAGGCCGACUACCCAUAUGUCGACCCCUUUGUUUAUGGCCUGUGGCCAUAG